CUGUGUGUCCCUACAGAGAGCUGUGAGGAGAGAGAGAACCCACCUUCACCCUGAGAGUCUGUCUGUCUGUCUGUCUAUAGAGCAUCUUCCAUGCGUCUACCUGUGUCUCAUUCCCACAUCAACAUGAACUGUGAGCAGGACUUUGAAGAGGGGGGCAUGAACGUCACCCUCACGCUACGGCUCCUCAUGCACGGAAAGGAAGUCGGCAGCAUCAUUGGAAAGAAAGGAGAGACAGUGAAGAGAAUACGAGAAGAGAGCAGCGCCCGUAUCAACAUUUCAGAGGGUUCGUGUCCAGAGAGGAUCAUCACCAUUACAGGACCUACAGACUGUGUCUUCAGGGCCUUCACGAUGAUCACUCUCAAACUGGAAGAGGACCUUUCAACUCUGGUAGCCAAUGGCACGGUCACCAGCAAGCCUCCCGUCACCCUACGAUUGGUCAUUCCUGCCAGCCAAUGUGGCUCUCUCAUCGGGAAGGGCGGCUCCAAGAUCAAGGAGAUCAGAGAGACCACCGGGGCACAAGUACAGGUAGCUGGGGACCUUCUGCCCAACUCCACCGAGAGAGGAGUGACGAUAUCUGGAACCCAAGACGCCGUCAUCCAGUGUGUUAAACUCAUCUGCACUGUCAUUCUCGAGUCACCUCCGAAAGGAGCCACUAUUCCGUAUCGACCCGGCCCCUCCCCAGGAACCGUCAUGAUCGCCGGGAACCAGGUGUUUGAGACAUCUGAGUACGGAUCACAUCCCCUCUUCCAUGUGUCCCAGGGAGGGCUGGAUUUACAACAAAUGUACGCUGUACAGAACCAAUAUGGCAUUCCACAUUCAGAGUUGGCCAAGCUUCACCAGUUGUCGAUGCAACAGCAAGGCCUGGCCGCCCAGAUGAGCCAGCAGCAAGGCCUGGCCGCCCAGAUGAGCCAGCAGCAAGCCAACUCUGUCAUGCCUGGAAUGGAGUCCAAUUCCCAGACCACAUCUCAGGAACUGCUCAUUCCUAAUGACCUCAUCGGCUCCAUCAUCGGGCGUCAGGGAACCAAGAUCAAUGAGAUCCGCCAGGCGUCAGGGGCUCAGAUUAAGAUAGGUAGCCAGCUGGACAGCACCAGUGAUAGAGCCGUCACCAUCACAGGGACCCCCAUCUCUAUCAACCUGGCCCAAUACCUCAUCACCUCCUGUUUAGAGACCGCCAAAUCCACCGCCCAGUCUUCCUCCAUGUCGACCUCUGCUGACCUCACCAUGGCCUACACCCAACCCCCUCCCCCCUCCUCCUCAGCCGCUGCUGCUGCCACCCUGGCUGCCAUGGGCCCCGGCAUGUCCCACCCCCACCCCCACGCUGCAGUCCCCAUGAUGGGCAACCCCUACGGGGCCCUCCCCCUCUCCAGCCUCCUCGGAAUGCAAUCCAUGAAAUCCCUCCAAUCCAUGCCCUACCUGGCUUUAUCCAACCCUGCCGCCAAUGCAGCCGCCGCUCAGGCUCAGGCUCAGGCCCAGGCUCAGGCCCAGGCUCAGGCUCAGGCUCAGGCCCAGAUCUAUACGGCGAAGAUUUCUUCUGCUAAUGGGAUCGGGAAGAAACCAGAGAGACAGAAGUUUGCGCCGUACUGAUGACGUCUGUCUCCAUCCCUCCAUCCCUCCAGCUCUCACCUCCUCCGUCUACGAGACAAGAAAGAAAAGGGGGAAAGAAUGGAGGGAAGGAAAUAGCAGUUUUUUUUAAAUUCUCCUCCAUUCUCUUUCUUCUUGCCUGAUGAUGUGGUUGUAGAUGGACAUUUUCGAUUGAUUAUGUUUUGUAGGCUUUUUUUUUGUCCCUUAUAUAGUGAACCACAAGGAGGAACAUUUGAUUGGCUCGUUUAGAUAGCUAUAUUUAUGUUGUCAGGUCUUGGAAACCUAUCAAGCCAUAGCCUGUGUCCCAAAUGACAACCUAACUCCUUUACGGUGCACUACUUUAGUCCAGAGCACAUAAGGCUCAGGUUGAAAGUAGUGCGGUAUAUAGGGAAUAGGGUGCCAUUUGGGAUGCACCAAUAGACUAUUCCUAACUUCCAUUUUUAUCUUCUUCUAACCUUCCAUUCGUUCUACUGUACUGCUGUGAUUGAUUAUUGAUAAUAAUGAAAUAUUCCCACUAAGAGUUUAUAAAUUAAAACACUGGUGUGUGAUGCUCAACUGUACGUGCGUAUGAGCUUUUUAUACAGUACAUGAUGUCUGUUUAGGUUACUUCCUGUAUUCAACUCCUUGAUUUUUUGAAGGACGAUGUAAAAAAAAAUAUUUAAAAAAAUUAAAAGUUUAAAAAAAUGACUAGACAAAAAAAAAUCUAACCACUCGUUUGCAUUAAGUUUUUUUGUGAGUUUUUGGU